AUGACGCGGCGCAUUGUCCGCACGAUAGUGCAAACAUCCAUCGCUGCCCUCUUCACUUUUAUCGUCGUUUUCUUCCUUGACCGCAACUACCGCGUGCUUCCCAACGCCAUUCAUACUUACUUACCGACACACCAUGAUGGCUACGUCAUCACCGACAUCACCAUCACCAAGUGUUCAUCUAUAAACAUUUUCUCCAGCUGCAAGCUCGAUCCAACGAUCUGGACUCGCAUCGAGAAGGACCUAUACUUACGCACGGGAAUCUUCUCGUCCGCUUACCUUCAUGUACAGCAGAAGCGUGAAGAGGAACUGACACCCAAUGAUAAGGUUGUCAUUGACGUCUCUGUUGGACGACUCAACCCGGGCGAGAGUGACAAGAAGAGUUGGAACAGGCGGAGUGACAAGGAUGACGAGAAGUGGGAAUCUCGUCCGGGUGGCUUGUGGAUCAAGCGGUCCAAUAAGCCUGGCGUGAGCGACUCUAAAGAUGCUGUCACCGGAGUGGAUGUUCUCUUUGGGGAUGAUGCUGUCGAGGUUAGGCCCGGAUGGAACAUUGUUGGCACUCCUCUUCUGUUGGACACCUCGUCAAACACCCCUGUUGCACUCCUCACGAUUCGGCGAGGACCAGAGCCUGAACCCAUUGACAAACCGAUUCCGAAGAUUCAGGACAAUGGAAGGUUUAAGAUCGUGCAGCUGGCCGACUUACACUUGAGUACAGGAGUUGGCCAUUGUCGUGAUGCCCUUCCGAAAGACUGGAAUGGCGGUAAAUGCGAGGCUGAUCCUAGGACUCUUGACUUCGUUACCAAAAUCCUAGACCAAGAAAAGCCCAACCUCGUUGUUCUGAGCGGUGAUCAGGUUAAUGGCGAAACUGCUCCCGACACACAGACGGCAAUCUUCAAGUAUGCCAAAGUUCUGAUCGAACGCAAGAUACCAUAUGUCUCUAUCUUUGGCAAUCAUGAUGACGAAGGCGAUAUGUCUCGCGCUGCUCAGAUGGCCCUAAUUGAAAAGCUUCCCUACUCCCUUUCUCAGGCCGGCCCUGCUGAUGUUGACGGAGUGGGAAACUAUUACAUUGAGAUUCUCGCUCAUGGCAGCUCGGGACAUUCGGCCAUUACAGUUUACCUUCUAGACACGCACUCCUACUCACCAAAUGAGCGCAAGUAUCCUGGUUACAACUGGAUCAAACAAAGCCAAAUUGACUGGUUCCGGAACACGGCGCAAAAGCUCAAGAAGAAACACAAAGAAUACACUCACCAUCACAUGGAUGUUGCUUUUAUCCACAUUCCCCUCCCGGAGUACACGACUCCGAACGUAACGAUGGUGGGUGAAUGGAAAGAGCCCAGCACGGCACCUUCAUACAAUUCGGGGUUUUUCGAUGCUUUGGUUCAAGAAGGUAUCGUCAUGGUGAGCUGUGGACAGUAUGUCACCCUUUGCCCCUUGCUUUUGAACCGCUUAAGCUCAUUAAUGCUCAGUGACCACGUGAACGAAUACUGCGGUCUGUCAUCAACCCCCGACGAGAAGCCGGCCAUCUGGAUGUGCCAUGCUGGUGGAGCUGGUUUUGGUGGCUAUGCUGGUUAUGGUGGUUUCCACCGCAAGAUUCGUGUCUUCGAGUUUGACAUGAACGAGGCACGCAUCACCACCUGGAAAAGAGUUGAGUGGGGUCCAGAUGUGGACAAAAGGAUCGAAGAGCUGCGUCUGGUUGAUGCUGGGAAGGUUGUUGCACCGGUGCAGGAGUAA